AGAAGAGGUAAACUAGCAAGACUUGAAGCACAUCUUGUACUAGAGUGUUCUAAAGUAGAAGAUCAUAUUUGGCAAAUAUAUUUGUUUUGUGUAGCUCAUAAUGAUGGUAUUACAGAAGAAAUACAAUCUGAAAAUUUAUUAGCUAAUGCCAAAAAACAAAGCAAUAAGCAGUCAA